AUGAAGCUGCCGGAGCUCAAAGCAUACUUACAAAAUCGAGGAAUUACUGUUAACAGUUACCUCAUACCAGGACUUGUAGCUAUUGCUUGUGCCGUCGAAGAAAUUAGUCUUUCAUUGCUUUUUCAAGUCAGUGAAGCCCAAGACCAGUUUAAUCUAAGUCGUCGUUUGAGAGUUCACGAUAUUCAGCUGCCUGAUCCUUUUAAAAUGAAUGUUUUAAACGAUUUUACGCAUUCUCGCCCCUUUGGGUUGUUUGAUAUAUUUAAUCAUCUCAUAUAUCACUCGUCAGAAUAUGACAAGCAAAGUCUAGCAGCUUAUAAAUAUAUUUUACAUAUC